AUCUCGGAAAACUGACGAAACUCACGGAAAUUAAACUCAACAAUAAUCCCUCCUUACUAGCAAUCCCCGAGACAUUUAGAAAAUUAAAUCAUAUACGCAAAGUUCACCUUCAGCAUUGCAAUCUUAGUCAAAUACCAUUUGAGAUGGGGAAUUCGUAUAGUCAACUUGAAUAUGUAAAUCUAUCAUACAACUUAUUUGACACCAUGCCGAGCUUGAAUGGUAUGGACCGGGUCGUCAUUUUUGACAUUUCCAACAAUCGAAUUGAUGAUCUGACGCCUCGGAUCGGUCAACUGGAAAUGUUACGUGAACUAUAUGUGGUCAACAAUAAGCUCACACACCUACCGAAGUCGAUUGGUCGACUGAAAAGAUUGUUUGUUCUGGACGUCUCGGAGAACAUGUUGGUAGAAUUACCUUUAUCAAUCGGAGAUUGUCAAAGCCUAAGGGAGCUAAAACUUCGAGGGAAUUCCUUGGACACCCUACCGAUCACAUUGGGCAAGUUGAAACAUCUCAACAUAUUUUACAUUGGUCAAUGGCCAGUAACCGAAUUCAAUAUCACACAAGAGGAUAUUUCAUACGAAAAUCUAAAGGUCAAUGCGUAUCAACACAAAAUUCCGAAAGAC